AUGUCUUGGGGCGCUCAUCAAGCUGGGUGGGAGUUGGUGCCUCAGUCUCUCUGCGGAUUAAGAAGCCCCUGUGGUACCUCGGAAAUGGAGUUUGAGAAGCUGGAGAAGACUGAUGUGGAGGGAACGCUGUUUGUUUACACAAGAUCGGCUUCUCCGAGGCAUGGUUUCACAAUUAUGAACAGACUGAGCAUGGAAAAUCGAACAGAGCCAAUUACUAAAGACCUUGAUUUGCAGCUGCAGGACCCUUUUCUACUGUACAGAAAUGCCAGGUUGUCCAUAUAUGGGAUUUGGUUUUAUGAUAAGGAAGAAUGCCAAAGAAUUGCAGAGCUCAUGAAAAACUUAACUCAACAGGAACAAUUGAAAGCAAAGCAGGGCAUGGGAACAGGAGUAUCCCCGAUGAUUAUGAAUUCUGCUAAUAACAAAGAAGUGGAUAUCUUACGGAUGCUUACCAAGGCCAAAGAUGAGUAUACCAAGUGUAAGACCUGCUCAGAGCCGAAACAAAUAACCAGUUCCUCUGCAAUCUAUAACAACCCCAACCUGAUCAAACCAAUUCCAGUGAAGCCUAGUGAAAAUCAGCAGCAACGAGCAUCUCAGCAAAGCAAGAAUGUGGAUCCCGAACCACAGCACUUGUCUUUGACAGCACUGUUUGGAAAACAAGAAAAGACAGAUGUCUCAGAACCGCUUAAUAAGCAGCAUCAAGAGAAUCUUCCUGUUAGGCAGGGUGUGGUACGUUCACUGUCCUAUGAAGAACCUAGCAGGCAUUCACCCUCUGCAGAGAAACAACUUUGCCCUGCCAUUCAGAAGCUUAUGGUGCGUGGGACAGACCUUCACCCGCUUGCUGAGUUUCCUGAGAACCGACUUUGUGAAAAUGGCAAUAUCCACCCUGUGGGUGAGACUUUCACAGGACUCUUCCAACCUGUGACUUCUCAUGGUAUUGCAGCAUCUCAUGUAGUUCAGGAUACUGCUGGCACUCAGAGCUUAUUGCAGAAAUUACAAAGUCAGUCAGGGACAGUGACUAAAAUGGACGCCAAUGCAGCAGGAUCUGCGAGCUCGACAGCUUCUGUGUUCAGCAGGACUCCUGCUCCUGGUGGAGCACCAGCAGGAACAGUAAAUAGUAUGAGCCAGCCACCUUUGGUAUAUUUCAAUGGUUCCCUACCAGGCCAGACUUUAGAAUCUCAGACACUUGGUAAAGAACAAUCCAAACUUCCCAGACAGCCUCUUUCUCUCACUGGCAAUCAAGCAGCCAAUUCUGGGGUGAUUUCACCUCAAGAGUUACUGAAAAAACUCCAAAUAGUGCAACAAGAACAACAGUUGCAUGUAUCCAGCAGACCAACCUUGGCAGCUAAGUUUCCUGUCGUUACUCAGAAUACAAAUACGUUGAAAUCACUGGAUUCUUGGAUUGAAAAGGCACCGGGUACAGAAAAACAGAGCGCUCUCUUUCAG